UAACAAAAAUAAAAAAACUACACAAGAGAGGGGUGACGAGGAAAGAAGAAAAACGAGGCAGCAGCAACAACAGCCUCGUUGUGUCUUGGAAGAAAAAAAAGAAAGAAGGAAUCGCAUCCACCCAUCCAUCGAUUCAGUAUCAAGAAAAAACAGAGUUAGUUACCAUGGCGAUGCGUGACCUUAUCACUGGCGCCACAGCUUGCCCUGACCCCUCCGCUUCUUCUUCCUCCGCCAACCCUCUCGGCGCUCUCGCCAACGUCCUCGUCGGUUCUUCCUCCAAGACUCAGGAGAGGCUGAAGGAAAUCCCUACCUCCACUCCCACUGGCCCCGCUUCCCAAUUCUACUCCCAGCCUCCGCUCCAGCUUCCCGGUUCCGAAUUCGAUAAGCCCUUCCUCGAUUCCAAUUCUCAGGGUUCGGCGUUUUUGAAUAGUUUUAGGUCGGCUGGCGCGGGCGGGCUCGAGGAAACGUGGGAUGAGAUACAGCGUGAGGGAAGGGUUGGUCAACCCUAUGGGAGGGUGCCACCGCCUCAACAGCUUCAUCAACCUGCAUUGGAUGGGACACCACAAAGAGUUCUAUCUAGCUUUUUGCACUCAUUUCUUGAUAGCAGCCGUGGUGGAAUACCUUUUCAUCCUGCCCCUCUUCCAAUGUUGGGUUUAUCUGAAGGUGAUAAACAAUGCAUUCGUGACCGCAGCAGCAUAAUGGCGAGGCAUCUCUUUGCAGAUAAAAAUGAAGAGUUUAUCAAUGCCCAAGUAAAUGCACUUCUAUGCUCUCUAGAUAUUGACAGUAAUGUCCGUGGUAAGGGACCUAUGCCUGAAAGACUUCGGGAGCUUGAGGAUUACUGGAAUGAGUCUCAAGGCAACCAGAGACUUGGUGCUCAUCCUGCAGACGGAUGGAUUACGGAAUUCAGUCAAAAUAGGGAAAGACAUGAUAAUCCUGAUUCUUGGGCCAACUCAUUUGAGCAACAGCACGGUGCGAAUGGUUGGGCUUCUGAAUUUGAACAUUCUCAAUUGUCGUCAGUAGAUCAAAUGCGAGGUAUGAACAUGCCAAACUUUGCUGCAAUGGAGCAGACUCGUAUGCUCGCAAAUACAUUGGCCCAGAAUGCUGACCCUAAAUUCCAGAACUCUAAAUUCCUUCAAUUUGUCUCAAAGAUGAGCCGUGGUGAGUUGAUUAUUGAUGACAAUCAAGUUAAAGAAACUGCAUUACCUGCAUCUGGAGAUUGGGCCGGAGAAUACCAACAGCAAUAUAAUAAUGAUCAUGGAUGGGCUGGUGAAUAUUUAAAUAAUAAGGUUUAUAAUGGACCUGAUCAGUGGGUGAAUGAAUUUACGACCGAAGGACAGCAGCAUGGAGCAGUUAAUGAUCAGUGGGUUGAUGAAUUCUCAAAGUUGCAUGUUAAUGACUGGGCUGAGGAAUUUGGUGAUCAGGUUGGUGAAGGAGCUUUAGGGGAAUCUGAUAAUUGGGCACAGGCAUAUGAUGAGUUCCUAAACGAGCAAGUUGUUGCCAAGCAGCGGUUAGAUAGUUCAAGCGGUGUGUAUGUCUUCUCAGAUUUAAAUCCUUAUGUUGGUCAUCCAAAUCCACUAAAAGAAGGCCAAGAUCUCUUCAGAAAAGGACUUUUAAGUGAAGCAGUUCUAGCACUGGAAGCUGAAGUCUUGAAAAACCCAGAAAAUGCUGAAGGGUGGAGACUACUUGGAAUAGCACAUGCAGAGAAUGAUGAUGAUCAACAGGCUAUUGCAGCAAUGAUGCGUGCACAGGAGGCUGAUCCUACAAACUUGGAAGUGCUUCUUGCUCUUGGUGUCAGUCAUACAAAUGAACUGGAGCAAUCGGCUGCUCUGAAAUAUCUUUCUGGAUGGCUACGUCAUCACCCGAAAUACGGAACACUUGCCCCGCCUGAGAUGUCUGAUUCCUCUUUGUACUAUGCUGAUGUUGCUAGAUUAUAUAAUGAAGCAGCUGAGGUCUCACCUGAUGAUGUAGAUGUCCACAUAGUUCUUGGGGUCCUGUAUAACUUAUCCAGGGAAUAUGACAAAGCCAUUGCAUCUUUUGAAAGGGCAUUGAAACUUAAGCCACAGGAUUACUCUCUCUGGAACAAGCUUGGCGCAACACAAGCAAACAGUGUUCAAAGUGCUGAUGCAAUAAUGGCUUACCAGCAGGCACUAGAUUUAAAGCCUAAUUAUGUUCGUGCUUGGGCAAAUAUGGGUAUCAGUUAUGCAAACCAGGGCAUGUACGAUGAGUCUAUUCGUUAUUAUGUUCGGGCACUUGCCAUGAAUCCAAAAGCAGAGAACGCAUGGCAAUAUUUGAGAAUUUCAUUGAGCUGUGCUUCCAGGAAUGACUUGUUGGAAGCUUGUGAUAGUCGUAAUCUAGACCUUCUCCAGAAGGAGUUUCCCCUACAGUAAGUUUUCUUUCUUAUGAAUGGACGAAUUACAGGAGGAGCAGUUCCAUGGCGGAGGUGGAUGUUUGAACAUAGUCCUAUUUUGCCUUAAAGCUUUUGGAUCUGUAAAUGGUAUAUCUUCUGCCAUUACAGCUUGUUGUAGAUUUCUGUUUCCCUUAAAAUUAUUAGGAGAUCUGAGAUCGAUCAAGUGACUAAGCAUGCAGGUCUAUAUGAGGCAUUAUUCAUUGAUCUUUUGAACAUGCGGUGUAUAUCAUGAUAGUGUAUAAUAAACCUACACUGGAUUUCGACACAGCUAGUCUUCAUUUCUUAAUUAUACAAAAGCUAUUUAUCACAGAA